AUGAGCGACAUUGCUUUGGCUACUUCUGCUACCCAAUCUCCGCCAGUCAAGCGCGGGCCUGGCCGUCCGCGGAAAAUCAGACCUGAAGAUGAUCACGUUGGCUCGUCCAAAACUGUCGAGAAGAAAGUCAAGCUUGAGAGGGCAUCCAUGUUGAGCAAAUCUACUAGCAAGACGCUGAAAGACCCAAAUGCAAAGCCGAGAGGUCGCCCGCGUAAAGAGACGCUCGUCAAAUCUGAAGAAGCCUUGGCUACAACGUCAACAGCUAAUGUGCAACCAUCUCCAGGCAUCAAGCGAUUCAGACUCAAAGUCAACCCUGUCAUAGCUGGUCCUCUCAUCACUCAUCCCUUUCACAUGCCUCUGCCACCGAAAUACGCAUCACUCGACGCAUACCUUGCAUCCUUCAUCUCACUCGACGAGGACGUCACGCCUGAAGUUGCUCAACAAAAACGAGCGGAUAUGACACAACUCAGGCAACAGCCUGUGGUUCCUCCAUCACAUCAGGAUAUUCUCAGCAAUCAAGCAUGCUAUUUCGCCAAACUCAUGCAGGAUGAACGUCGCCGAAAUCUCAGUAAUGCGCGCAAGAUUGCGGGCAUGGUUCAGCAGCACUUCAAGCGUAUCUCUGGUGCUGACGAGCGACUGGAAAAGGACUUGCUCAAGCUCCAACGAGGUCUCGCGAAAAAGACUGCAAGCGAGGUGAGGAGGAAGUGGCGAUUGGCUGGAAAGGAGGUGCAGCGUCGUGUCUUGGUCAAGGAGCAGGAGCAACAACGUGCCUUGGGCAAACAACAUCUCAAUCAAAUCUUGGAGCAUUCUACAAGCUUGCUAGACGCACGACGCAAGUUGCAUGACGACGAAGAGGCGGAGGAAUCGUCCGAGGCUGAGUCUGACGACGAGGAUCACUAUUUGUCUGUGGAACAAUUGCGAGAGAAGUAUGCGCAUAUUCCUGAGGUCGAGCCAGCGUUGGACGCAAAGCUGGCGAAGCAAGCUGUGGUUCAAGAGGAGCAAGAAUCUCCCAUGGAUUCUGAAAUGGACAGCGACACACAAGAGGCGGAAGACGACGGACCAGGCCUUUCUUCACUCUAUCCAGAGCUGCGAAAGGUAGAUCGAGCCUCAUCUUCAGCAGACGCGGCCGAAAUCGACUCGACUGUUCCGAUCCGGCCUGCAACACGCCAAUCGAGCGGUGAACUGAUGGAGCUUGCGUCUGAUGUCGACAUGGUCGAGGACGACGACAGCAGUCCAAUGGAUUCUGAAAUGGAUGAUGACGAAUCUGGCAGCGAAGUGUCUGGGGCUUCUUCUGGUCCAGGGUUGGCCUACUUGUACUCUAUGCCCGUCAAACCCAAAGCACAGAUUGAAGAAGUACCUGCAAAGCCUGUCGAGGUACAGGAAGCUGUCCCUGCUGCUGUACCCAAGGCUGCAUCGCCAGCUGAAGGACAAGUUGAAAUCAAGACACCAAUUCCAUUCCUACUUCGUGGCACACUGCGAGAGUACCAGCACAUUGGCCUUGACUGGAUGGCAGGAUUGUACCAGAACGGGACGAAUGGUAUCCUUGCUGAUGAAAUGGGACUUGGCAAGACCAUCCAAACAAUCUCCUUGCUCACCUGGCUUGCUUGCGAACGCGAAGUUUGGGGACCACACCUCAUCAUUGUUCCCACCAGUGUCAUGCUCAACUGGGAGCGCGAGUUUAAAAAGUUUGCUCCUGGUCUCAAAGUUUUGACGUAUUAUGGCAAUCCCAAGGAACGCAAGGAGAAGCGACGCGGCUGGUCCAAGCCAGACUCCUUUCAUGUCAUCAUCACGUCUUAUCAGCUUGUCAUCUCCGACCAGGCUACGUUUCGUCGGCGUCGCUGGGAGUACAUGAUUCUCGAUGAAGCGCACAAUAUCAAGAACUUCAAGUCACAACGCUGGCAGACGUUGCUCAACUUCAAUACUGCGCAUCGUUUAUUGCUGACCGGUACGCCGCUUCAAAAUAAUUUGGGUGAGUUGUGGUCGUUGCUAUACUUUUUGAUGCCUCGGGGUAUCAGCGAGGAUGCGAGUUUUGCCAACUUGUCUGAUUUUCAAGAAUGGUUUGGCCGGCCGGUGGAUAAGAUGAUUGAGGAUAAUACGGGUGGUGGCAUGAGCGACGAAGCACGCAAUACAGUGGCAAAGCUCCAUCGCAUCCUGCGUCCUUAUAUUCUGAGGCGAUUGAAGGCAGAUGUUGAGAAACAGAUGCCCGGCAAGUUUGAACACGUCAUCGAUUGUCGACUCUCGAAACGCCAACGUUUUCUAUAUGACGACUUCAUGUCGCGUGCCAAGACGCGCGAGACAUUGGCAUCAGGCAAUUUUCUCAGCAUCAUCAAUUGUUUUAUGCAGUUGCGCAAGGUGUGCAAUCACCCUGAUUUGUUCGAGUCUCGGCCCAUCGUCACUUCCUUUGCCAUGCACAAGUCUGCUUCUGCCACGUACGAGACGCGAGAAUUGCUUGUUCGUCGGCGCUUGCUGACAGAGGCCCCUGGGACGCUGGUUGAUUUGGACUUUCUCAAUCUUCGCUUGCCGAGUCACGUACCUGAUUUGGUUGAAGUGGUGGACGAUGAUCAUCUGACGGUCGCAGGAAAACAAGCUUUUUUGAGAUACAAAGAUCAACUCUUUGCUCGCGAUCGCGCACUGUACAGACAACGCGUCAACAACUUUCGGACGCAGCGGGUGCCCAUCUAUGGUACGGACUUGCUUCCGCCACCAGGAUUUGAUAAGGCAUACUGGCAACAAACGUCGCACAUGUCGAAACUCAUGCCGAGUUACGAAAGUGUUGUUGCGUCUUGUGAACCUGCCGUGCGAAAGUUUGGCUGCAUCACACCAAAGCGCAUGCUCCCAUUGACUGCAGCACAACAAACAGAAUUACGCCAUGGUAUACGGGAUGCUGCUCAUUUUUCACGCACAUGCAUGUCGAUUGCGUUUCCCGAUAAACGACUGCUUCAAUUUGACUGCGGCAAAUUGCAACGUCUCGACAUGCUACUACGCGAUCUCCUUCCGCAAGGACAUCGUGUCCUCAUUUUUACACAAAUGACACGCAUGUUGGAUAUCCUUGAGCAAUUCCUGAAUAUCCAUGGUCAUCGCUAUUUCCGACUCGAUGGAGCCACCAAGAUUGAACAACGACAACAACUCACAGAACGCUUCAAUAAUGACCCUCGCAUUCCUGUGUUUAUACUCUCGACGCGGUCCGGUGGGUUGGGUAUCAACCUGACGGGUGCGAAUGUGGUUAUUUUCUUUGACAGUGAUUGGAAUCCUUGUAUGGAUCGACAGUGUCAGGACAGAGCGCAUCGAAUUGGUCAAACGCGUGAUGUACACAUCUACAGGUUCGUGUCUGAACAUACGAUUGAGCAAAACAUUAUGCGCAAGGCAAAUCAAAAACGCAUGUUGGAUAAUGUGGUUAUUGGACAAGGUGACUUUACAACGGAUUUCUUCAAUAAAGUCGAUUGGCGGGAUAUGCUGGGUGAGGAGCUCGGCGAGACAUUGCCGAUGAAUGCAGAGAUGGAUGUGUCUGGCGGUGGUUUGGAGGCAACAUUGGCCAUGGUGGAGGAUGAAGAUGAUGCUGCUGCUGCACGGGUUGCUGAGCGAGAGAUGGAUAUUGAUGCGGUUGAGUUUGCAGAGACGGGAACACCCGCUCAGCAAGCGGCGUUGGCUUCUUCGACGAACGCUGCGCCUGUCGUUGCCGACGAAGGGGAUGAAGAGGAGCCAGGCAGUGUGGACGACUACAUGAUUGAGUUCUUGCUACGGGAACAAGGUCGCAUGGACUUGAUGGAUGUCGUAUGA